UUAUAUCGUAUAAAACUAGAAGAAAACACUUUCGUUCCUGAAGAAACUGGAUACGUUUUGUGCAUCUACCUUACACUGUAAAUAACAUCAAGACUACAAUAAUUGAUAUUCGUCUUCGAAUUUCUUUCUCUUUCGGGAUAGAAAAAAAGGCUGUUCAUUUGAAGAAAUGAUGUUUCAAAUUUCUAAUGUCUGGUUACUUUUACAUUUGACACAACAAUCGGCAUCCAUCAGAAAUAUUCAGCAAAGUUUUUUGCACGAGAUCCUUGAUAAACGGGGAUACGUGUGUUUAAGUAGCACAGUCGAGCAGCACAAAGCGGAGUCCCGAGUAAUGUGUGGCGUGCUCCUCUGCUUAGAAGAAGGAACUGUUAUAUUCACAUUUGAUGUCAAUACACUAAUCUGUCGAACUUACAAAGAGGAAGAUUUUAACGGAUGCCUCUUUCAAGCUUGUUCGACCUGUAAAACAUACGGAUAUAAUGAGUUGGAAACCACCACCGCCGCCAAUGCUGGUACCACAACAGUACAAACAACCCAAGAUACAGGACAACAAGGUUCUAUAACAACAGUACAGACGACCCAAGACCCAGGACAAGAAGAGUGUCUCAGUCAUUGUGAAUUUCGUUGAAAACAAAAUAUUUUAUCUUUUAUUCGGUGCGUGUAAAGACCAGACGUUGCUGCUUUACACCAUAAUGAAUUCUGUCAGUGUUUAGUUAUAUUUAUGUUUCUCAUAUUUUAUUUUUUGUGAGGUGUGCUUUCUACUCUUUGUACAGUUUAUCUGUGCUAGCAGUUAUUUUAGCACGGGUUUUCUUCUACUUUUUCACACCGUACUUUGCUAUCUGCUCGAUUAAUUCAUGAAUGUCAAAGUCACUUGUUCGUUGAUUCGUAGACAUGCCACUUCAUGAUUGACUGUGCUAUAUGUAUGUGAAUGUGUUAUCUUAAGUUAAAGACUGUUUUUUGCACAUGUUUAUUGUUAAAUGUAGAUGUAUAUGUGUGUGCAGAUUAUAGAUAGAAUAGAUUUCAUUUUAAAUAUUUCUUACAUAUCUGAAUGUAUAUACAGUGUAUAUUUCCAUCUUUCAUCAAGAUUAAAUCUGAUGCGGAUUGAUAAAUGUACUAGUGAAUGAAU